GCCGCGAUGGAGCUGCGUGGGACUGUGGCGCUGGUGACGGGCGGCGCCUCGGGCAUCGGCCUGCAGUACGCGCGCCACCUGCUGCUCGCCGGCCUCAAGGGCGUGGUCCUGGCCGACCUGUCGGAGGAGGCGGGGGCGGCGGCAGUGGCGGACCUGGCGGCGGUGGUGGCGGCGGGAGCGGAGGCGAGCAGCGAGCGCGGCCGCGCCGUCUUCCAGCGCACCGACGUGACGAAGCCGCAGCACCUGCGAGAGGCGUUCGCGAGGGCGUAUGAUGAGUUCGGCCGUCUGGACAUCGUCAUCAACUACGCUGGCAUACUGAACGACGCCCAGUGGGAGCUGCAGAUUGGCAUAAACGUGACGGCGGUGGUGCGAUGCACACAGCUGGCGAUGGAGCUGAUGUCGCGCGGGGGCGGCGGCGGCCGCGGCGGCGGCGUCGUGCUGAACGUGGCGUCGGUGCUGGGGCUGGCGCCGCUCGCCGGCUGCCCCGUCUACGUGGCCACCAAGCAUGCCGUCGUCGGCCUGUCCCGCUCCUACGGGACGCAGUUCCACUGGCAGCGGACCGGUGUGCGGGUGGUGGCGCUGUGCCCCGGCGUCACGCACACGCAGCUGAUCGCGCGGGCGGGCGGCCGCCAGCCGGACGCCGACCAGGGCGCGCUGGCCGUGCAGGAGCUGGCCGCGCUGCCGCAGCAGCGGCCGGAGCACGUGGCCGCGGCCGCCCUGCACGUGCUGCGCGCCGCCCCCAACGGCUCGGUGUGGGUGGCGGAGGGCGGGGAGCCCGCCUACCAGCUGCGCUUCCCGCACCGCACGCAGCUGCGCGCGCACAUUUCUGAACACGUGGUGUCACCUGUACAGAUCAAUCUCCUCGUCUAG